AGAGGUUACAGGUCAUCAUCUGACAUCCGGAACUGGGUGUCGUGUACAGUAGGGGUGUAGAUGGAAGAUAUUUGUUGAUUUCAGGAUCACCGUGAUCUAAUUUGACUUUUGUGGAGAGCAGUUGUGUCUGUUGUGAUCUAGCCAAGACGGACAAAGCGACAAUUUUGGUCUGAGAAGUUUGUGGAUCCAUAUAACCCCUGCCCCAGAGAGCUGGUGUGAUACCCCCAGGAUGAUCUGAAGCCUGGGGUGACGACAGAGAGAAGACCCCACAGGAGACCACCGAGAUCCACAGGAGUUGAUGAUACAGCAGCUGAGUGUUGACUGAAGGCAACCAUGACAGCUAAAACAGGCAAAAUUGAUCCCAACAAGUUUGAGGGUGAAGGGUUAAAUUUCCGUGCCAAAUUGAUUGGUGUUGACGAUGUUGCUGAGGCACGUGGAGACAAGAUGUGCCAGAUGUCCAUGCAGAAGCUGAAGGCCUCCGUCAAGUCAGCCGGGGAACACAAACAGAGAAUUGUUGUCAACGUCUCACUGGAGGGGCUCAAGAUCAUAGAUGGAGUCUCUAUGGCUAUCCAGUACACACAUGCAGUUCACAGGAUCUCCUUCAUAGCUAGGGAUGUGUCCGACUCUCGGGCCUUCGGCUAUAUAUUUGGUGUGGGAGAUGGAACACACAAGUUCUUUGCAAUCAAGACAGAAAAACAGGCAGAGCAGCUGGUGCUGACGUUACGAGACUUGUUCCAAGCCGUGUAUGACAUGAAGAAACAGGAAGUGGAGGAUGCCAAGAAGAAGCAGGAGGAAGACCAUCAGCAGCAGCAGCAGCAGCUGCCGCCAGAAACACCAGUCGCUGAAGGGGAACAGAAACCAGCGGAGGCCGCACCAGAUGCACAAGAAGCAGUGUACCAGGUUCCAAACAAUGAUGUGUCACCUGACAGCCCUGAGCAUAUCUAUUCAGUGCCCCAGAACAACGCCCCUGUGGCCGGAGAGGAGAAGAAGAGUGGUUCUAAUCUGCUUGACCUGGAGGAUCAGCUGGAAAACAUAGAACUAGGAAUUCAGCAGAUGAGUUCUUUUGACAUGCUUGACACCAACACCCCAGACGCCUCCAAGUCGACAACUGACCCCUGGGGUACUAGUACCUCCCAGGCAGACAUCAAGCGAAAUGCUUCUGGGUCUAAUCUGGAUGAUCUUGCAGGGCUGCAGAGUGGGUUUGGCGCUCAAAAUGCUUUCCCACCGACAAGCCAAGGGUUUGGGGCCAACACAGCCAAUCCCUUUUCCGCUCCUACCAGUCAACCAUUUGGUGGUCAGCCUUUUGGUCAAGCAACAUCUCAGCCGUUUGGUCAGCCAGCAGCGACACAGCCAUUUGGUCAGCCAGCAACGUCACAGCCGUUUGGUCAGCCAGCCACGUCACAGCCAUUUGGUCAGCCAGCAACUUCACAGCCAUUUGGUCAGCCAGCAACUUCACAGCCAUUUGGUCAGCCAGCAACUUCACAGCCAUUUGGUCAGCCAGCAACUUCACAGCCAUUUGGUCAGCCAGCAACUUCACAGCCAUUUGGGCCUGGACCUGGAGCCCUGCCCCCUGGUGCUGCCUUCGGCAUGCCAGGAACACCCAUGCCUGGAGCACAGGCGCAGGUGCGUCCAGGGUUCGGCCAGCCAGCUGCAGGAGGCUUCGGACAACCUGCCCCUGCAGGAUUUGGUCAGCAGGCUUUUGGUGGAGCCUUACGACAGCCCACAGCAGGAGGCUUUGGUCAACCAGCUGCCUUCCCUGGAGGCUUUGGAGCAUUUGGAGCUGCUCAGCCUGCCAUGGGUCAGCCUCAACAAAACCUUUUCCCUGACACAGAGCCAGACCCUAAUAUCUUGACACCAACUGUUUUAAAUGAACCUGAAGUUGAAGAAAUAACAACUGAACCUAAAAAGAAGGAUGCUUUUGCUGAUCUUGUCAACAUCGGUGGAAGUGAUCCCAAGAAGUCCCCCAAAGCCAUAUUUGAGGCUAUGAGUGCUCCUCCCAAGAAGUCUCUGAAUGAGCUGAAGGUUGAUGUCGUCCCACCCCGGACCCCAUCCCCGGGGAUUCCUUCCCCUGGAGUCAUGUCCCCUGGGGUCAUUUCCCCUGGUAUCCAGCAGCAGGCAAGUGAUCCGUUUGGUCCUUUAGGCAAGGAAGCAGAUCGGUUACGUGGGUUAGCCGAUUCUUCCGAGGAUCCCUUUGACACUUCACAUGUGCACAUUCCUCAACCCACAUCGCAACCCUCCUCCUCCACUCCCCCAGACGUCGACCCCUUCAUGCCAGCGAUGACCCUUAGCAGCAGACUCUCAUGUGAUAAUAUGCCCAAGAAGCAAACACAAGCAGAUGUUUCAAAACACGAACACUUGCCUAAAAAGAGUCCAAAGAGGUUAACAAAUGGGAACAUUCCUGUGUUCUCUGAUGACUUUAACCUCCCAUCACCUGAAGAACCACCACCACCUCUGCCAGCUGAAGUGAAGCUUUCUUUACCUGGUGGGGCACCGCCUCCACCACCCCCAAGACCUAAAGUUGACACAAACUCUGCUUCUGUUCGUCCAAGGCCAGUGCCGAAGCCUCGUAAAAAUACAUCCACAAGCUCUUCCCCAUCACCUUCAUCAGCUACAGACCCCUUUUCACCCAGCUCCAACACAGACCCGUUCAGUGACUCCUUCCCCUCUGCACCAAGUACUCUACCCACCCACAAAUCUACAGACCCAUUUUUGUCUAGUCAGCCAAGUUUUGACAGCAAGCCAUUUGGCAAUUGGGACCCGUUUAGUGAUUUCAGUAGUGAUAUUUUUAAGAACAAUUGCUUCACAGUAUUUGAUUCCAGUACUGAAAAGAAUGGACCUGCGUCAGUAUCAGAACAGGGUGAAUCAUCUUCAGGUGACCCUUUUGCUAUGAAUGGAGAGCACAAAUAAAUCUGUGGUAUUGUGUGGAUCCAAUGUACGCUGCAGUCAACAAAAGUCCACCACCAGCUGACGAUUCUCUGAUUUAAAGAAGACUUCUACCAUGGACUUGGAACAGAAAAAGGUUCAUACAAAAAUGGCAGUUGUUUGAGCAAUGGAAUCAACAAACUGACAAAUACUCACAGGAACAGGCAAUAGUAUCAGUGCAGUUAAACCAAGGAAGAUAUAAUAAUAAAGUAUUUAUCACAAAUAUCUCAUUGUGUGUAAAAAGACCAGUGUAAAACAAAUUUCAAAUUUUGAUAUAAAUUUAUUUACAUCCAAACCACCAGGUUUAUACAAAAUGUAAUAUUAUAAUUACAUGAUUUACCAACAUUUUAUGUAUGUUUCCGUAGAGAAAAGUGAUUAUACAGGACAACAUGUUGAUGAUCAUACAACCAAGCUGUAAAAAGGGAGAUAAUUGUAAGGGGAGAUAAAUAUCUCAAUGGGGAGGAACACAAGUUGAACUGUGGGUCAUAUUGCAUCUUGUAAAUUCAUGAUUGUGAUUGUUACUAGUGUUAUCAUAUGUACUUCACGAAAACAGAAUAUGUGUUGUACUUAAAUGUGUCAUACGGAUGUAAUAAUUUUAGACCAGUGCCUAUAUGAAUGUGAGGUCAGUGUAUGAACCAUUUUUAUCAUGUAUUUCUCAACAGGCUAAUGUUUGUCUCCGUUCUCCGCCCCGAGCCACUGUAAAUUAGGCAUGAAAGUCAAGUCUCAUAAACAACCGAUUAACAAAUAUUCAUCAUUUGUUUUAGCUUGAAGGCUUCAGAUUUUGGGUGUUAAACCAAAUACUCAAUUUAGACCCUAAUGGUGUCAGAUAUUCCUAGUUGUCUCAGUUUGUGAUUGGCACCACUGAUAUGUUAAAACUGGAAAACUGAUGGAGUCCCGAGCUCCAAUGUACUUGAGGUCAAACCUUCCGAACCCAUAAACACAGCAUUUGUCUCUUUGAAAACCUCAAAAAUGAGAUUGAGGCCUGAUUUAACUAAUGGGUGAUUCACGGCAAUAACUUUCACCGCAACAGUUUUGAUUUGUGUGAGAACCAAUUCUAAGUUUUUCAACCCUUGCAAAAUAAUGUUAUUCCUGGUCAAAAUCAUGCUCCAGGAGAAAACAGAAUUGUGUUUAUAUGUUUGUUGAAGGGACAUAUGAAUUUGUAAGCAAAAAAAAAAGCCUCAUUAAGGGGGAAUAGUACACGAGGACCACAUCAUUGGAUAUGUGUCAGAGAAGAAAUAGAUUUUACCUUAGACCUGACUUCUUGAUCAGCUGGUAUAUAUAGUUGUAGUUUUAUAUACUUCAGGUAGAAGAAAGAUGUUGAAAUAUGCUGGUUGAAACAGUCUGAAUGAGUUUACUUUGUUUAAUACAGUGUGAAUAACAUUUAUAAUAAAGUUCUGUGAUACAAGAGAUUCUACUGAGGAUUGUGUUUACAUCAUCUCUUAGGAUAUCUGUUGGAUAUUUUAGGAUUGGUAUCUGUUUCCCUUUUAUUGUUCACAUUACAUGGAUUUCACCCAAUAUACUUACAUAAUCACCAAAUAUUGCAUGACCUUGCAAACAAAGAUAUGUCAGAUGUCUUGUUGUCAUUUCUAUCAACAGAUUUUCAAUAAUGUUUGCAAGGAAUGAUCCCACGACAACUUGCUUUGUUUCUUCAAAAUUGAAGAAUGCCUUGGUUUGUUUCUUUUCGGGUAUAAAUUCGGUAAAUUUUGAAGAAAGAAAAUCUUUGUAGGAAUAGGUAAUGCCUUCAUGAACUAUUAAGAGUGAUUACUGUUGUCCCCAUGGUACACCACAUUCACUCUUUAGUAGGCUGUUUACACGUGGCUAGUUGUCUGCGAGGCCUUGUUAAGUUUCUGGCUUGUACUUUUGUAUCAUUCACAUCAGUGUCUGUGACUGACAUUAAUAUCUGUGUCUGUGACUGACAUUAACAUCAGUGUCUGUGUCUGACAUUAACAUCGGUGUCUGUGACUGACAUUAACAUCGGUGUCUGUGACUGACAUUAACAUCGGUGUCUGUGACUGACAUUAACAUCGGUGUCCGUGACUGACAUUAACAUCGGUGUCUGUGACUGACAUUAACAUCGGUGUCUGUGACUGACAAUAACAUCGGUGUCUGUGACUGACAAUAACAUCGGUGUCUGUGACUGACAAUAACAUUAGUGCCUGUGGAGGUUAUUGCUUACAUUAACACCACAGUUGGUGACUGUAAUAAAUGAUGUUAACGUUACGUGUGACUGUCCUCACUACUGUUAACAUAACAUGUGACUGUCAUCACUGAUGUUAAUGUUGCGUGUGACUGUCCUCACUACUGUUAACAUUACAUGUGACUCGUCACUGAUGUUAACAUUACAUGUGACUGUCAUCACUGAUGUUAACAUUACAUGUGACUGUCAUCACUGAUGUUAACAUUACAUGUGACUGUCAUCACUGAUGUUAACAUUACAUGUGACUCGUCACUGAUGUAAACAUUACAUGUGACUCGUCACUGAUGUUAACAUUACAUGUGACUGUCAUCACUGAUGUUAACAUUACAUGUGACUCGUCACUGAUGUUAACAUUACAUGUGACUCGUCACUGAUGUUAACAUUACAUGUGACUGUCAUCACUGAUGUUAACAUUACAUGUGACUGUCAUCACUGAUGUUAACAUUACAUGUGACUCAUCACUUAUGUUAACAUUACAUGUGACUGUCAUCACUGAUGUUAACAUUACAUGUGACUGUCAUCACUGAUGUUAACAUUACAUGUGACUGUCAUCACUGAUGUUAACAUUACAUGUGACUCGUCACUUAUGUUAACAUUACAUGUGACUGUCAUCACUGAUGUUAACAUUACAUGUGACUCAUCAUUUAUGUUAACAUUACAUGUGACUGCCAUCACUGAUGUUAACAUUACAUGUGACUCGUCACUUAUGUUAACAUUACAUGUGACUCGUCACUUAUGUUAACAUUACAUGUGACUCGUCACUUAUGUUAACAUUACCAGUCAACUGUCUGUCAUGGCUAACAAGGAUGAUGUUAAUGCUGAAAUAUUAUUAAAGAUGUUUGUGUCACCAUCACUGUUAUCAGCUUCAAUAUGAUCAAAUGUGAUAUUUUUUUACUUAAUCGUAUAUUCUCUUGUAUAUCUCUAUGCAAUAAUCCAUAGCUUAAACAAAUCAAGUUGUGUGGUGUGUGUGUCACCAGUGUGUGCACUGUGUUCAUGUCCUGGAUUAUUUAUGCAUGUGCCUUUAAUGGCCCACAACUUCAGUGUCUACAAAUAGCCAUGAUUUCCUGUAUUUUAUUAUACAUGCACAUGAUAGGUAUGUAUUAGGCUAUACAGUUUAAUUUGAUAUGAUUGAUUUAUUGAUAAAUGCAAGUAGCACAGAUUUGGUUCCCAAUUAAGCAUAAUGUGGAGUCCUUGCACACUCCAGGGGCACAUCAUGCACCACCUUAGAUGGUAUGCCACGCUUUUUAUCCACAUGGUUAGUUUGGGAGUAGUUCUCCCUGUAAAAUUGUCAAUUGUCACAUUUUUUUAUCCUUCAAAAUGCCAUAAUGAUCCAUUAGCAGUGCCGUAGCCAGCCGGGGGGAUUUUUUUUAUAGAAAACAGUUUUAUUUGAAUCAUAAGAAUACAAGUUGGGGGGACAAGUGAUACUUGUACAAAUAUUUUCUCCCCCUGUCAAAAAAAGUUAACUACGGCCUUGAUUAGUAAACCUAUUUCUAAAUUAAACCUGUCUAAGCAUUACUGAAAUAUAUUCAUGUUUAUUUCAUGCAGAAUAUUCAUGUUCAUUAUCAGAACGUUUCUGCACUUGCUGCUGUAUAUUUUUAUGAUUCUCUAUUUGUCCGUUCUGUGAAACAUUCCUCUUGCAUGUUAUGUCUAAUUUCUAAAGCCUGACAAAUAAGAUGGACGAUGGAUCUUCAUGAAAACUAAAACUCUCUUUCCAUGUUUUAACCAUCUUUCCAUGGCAUGAUAUUUUUUAAAAGUUCCUUUUGGUCGUAAUAUGGAAGAUUCUUGUGUUAACUGGGUUUGCCCAUCAGUAAUAUUUUCUGUGUUGCCCAUAGGGCUGGGACGAGUCCAGAUUUACUACCUGGGUACCCACACCCCUAUUACCCGACCCUACCUGGGUACCCACACCUCUAUUACCCGAACCUACCUGGGUACCCACACCUCUAUUACCCGACCCUACCUGGGUACCCACACCUCUAUUACCCGACCCUACCUGGGUACCCGCUGUAGGUCUCAGGAGAUACCGAUACAAAAUGUCCCAUUGGGAAUAGUUUGACCGUAGCCCUAUUUAGGUACACUAUCAAAUGAUCUGGACAUACACAGACUGAAGUUGAUUGAAGUUGAAGUAAGAAAAAAAUGCAAACAUUAGUGACUUGUAGUAUAACCAUGGAGUUAUAGUGAUUUUUUAUUUUUGUGGCAAUAUUCCAGCAAUAUAAUGGUCAUGCUUAAAACUUUAACAUCUGAGUACCUGAAAGAUUAUAAAAAAUAAACCUAGAGGUAUAAUCAUUUUCGUUCUACAGAUAGCCUUGCAACAAAAAAACCCACAGAUUUCUUAAUGGUCCGGGUUAGUGGAAAUGUGUGAUUCAUUGCCCCAACAGGAGGAUAUAUUCCAGCAGGUGAAUAGAUAUAUGAAAAAACACUUCUCGAAUUAUUGGGCAGGAAGGUCAUUUAGGUCGAAUGAUGAACACACAAACAACUAGCGACUGUCUUCAUCUGAAUGGUCCAUCGUUAAUGAAGAGUUGAACUUGUCAGGUUUCAGUAGAUCAGUCAUACCUGCCGUUACCCUUCCCUUGAAGGACCUGUAAUCUUUCUGUGGUUCACUCUAUUGUUGCCAUUUGUUGGUGUGUAAAUUUCCCUUUGUUAAGUUUAAUUAUGUGAGAGAGAGAAAUUAUUCUUGUUGAAUUUGACAAUUUUAUUGUAAAAUAUACAAAUUAUCGCUUUACAGCCAAUCUGUUAUGUGCCAAUGAAUUGUUGAAAUGGAAUGUGAACUUUUGAUUUGCAAUUUUUGCUCACAUAGUGACAGACCUAGAUUUAGGCUAACUUUGUGAUUAUGCAUAUUCCAGACAUACCGUAAAAUCAGACCACAAGAUUCUGUGUCUUGAGAAGUCUGUUCUCACAAUAGCAUAAUCCUACCUUGUCCCUAUGUUUUAACACAUUGUGAAUAACCUUUGCACAAUACCAUGAAUCUGUAUGAGCACCUUUCAUGUUUUAGUUAAUGUGGAAAAAGACGAUUUCAUUUGAAUAUUGUUUCAUACAAAGCAUGUUAUACGCUGCAUUAUUUCUUGAACUGCAAUAGUAAAACAUUCCUAGGUUACCAUGGUAACCUAGGAUUGUUUGUUUUAAGGGUACAAGCUGCAAACAUUCAUCACAGAACUGCCAGUUUACUCAGCCCUAUUUUAUAUUUUCAGCUGAUAUCAGUCUUUUUACAUUUAAUUAAAGUUUGUAGAACAGUUGAUUAUUUACAACUGGUGUUGAGAAUGGUUCUUUCAAUUAUUACCUGCUUUGUCAUAAUUGUAUAAUUUGCUCAGUAUUAAGUGCAGUAUUUUGACAAAACCUGUAUAGACUUUUCAUGAACUAUAUUAUUUCCUCUUCUAGAAUGUCUUCCAUGGGUGUAUCAAACAGUAUUUGAUGAAUGAAAUAUGAUGAUCUAUGCAGAAGUGAUUUAGAUGCAUGUCUUCCUCAUAACUUUGCAGCCGGAAUUCAGAAUAAAA